CUUGACAUCACCCCAAAUCGCCUUAUGGUUGUUAAGACUUGAACGGCUCUUUUUUCCUGCAUCUGCGGGAAUUUGUUUCGGCGAGUCAUCACAAGGUCCUGUGAUCCAGGUGUUGUUGCCGUCCUGUGACGGAUUUACCCUCUCAGCUGUCGGGCAAAAGGAAGAGGGGAAGCAAGGAUGCCAAAACCGAUCAAUGUUCGUGUGACCACCAUGGAUGCGGAGCUUGAGUUUGCCAUCCAACCAAAUACGACAGGGAAACAGCUCUUUGACCAGGUGGUGAAGACGGUGGGGCUGCGGGAGGUCUGGUUCUUUGGUCUGCAGUAUGUUGACAGUAAAGACAGCACCUGGCUCAAACUCAACAAGAAGGUGACCCAGCAGGAUGUAAAGAAAGAAAACCCUCUACAGUUCAAGUUCAGAGCCAAGUUCUUCCCCGAGGACGUCUCAGAGGAACUCAUCCAGGAGAUCACCCAGAGACUCUUCUUCCUGCAGGUGAAGGAGGCCAUUCUCAAUGAUGAGAACUACUGUCCUCCAGAGACGGCUGUUCUUCUAGCAUCAUAUGCUGUCCAGGCAAAGUAUGGAGACUACAACAAGGAUGUCCACAAACCUGGCUAUCUCACCCACGACAGACUGCUGCCUCAGAGAGUCCUUGAGCAGCACAAACUUACCAAGGAGCAGUGGGAGGACAGGAUACAGACCUGGCACGAAGAACACAGAGGAAUGCUCAGAGAGGACUCGAUGAUGGAGUACCUUAAAAUCGCUCAGGACUUGGAGAUGUACGGCGUGAACUACUUUGAGAUCAAAAACAAGAAGGGCACACAGCUGUGGCUGGGCGUCGAUGCCCUCGGCCUCAACAUCUACGAACAUGAAGACAAGUUGACACCAAAGAUCGGCUUCCCCUGGAGUGAAAUACGAAACAUCUCUUUCAACGACAAGAAGUUUGUCAUCAAACCGAUUGACAAGAAAGCACCGGACUUUGUGUUUUACGCCCCCCGACUGCGCAUCAACAAGCGGAUCUUGGCGUUGUGUAUGGGGAACCACGAGUUGUACAUGAGGAGGAGGAAGCCUGACACCAUCGAGGUGCAGCAGAUGAAGGCUCAGGCCCGGGAAGAGAAGCACCACAAACAGAUGGAGAGGGCUCAGCUGGAGAACGAGAAGAAGAAGCGAGAGUAUGCAGAGAAGGAGAAGGAGAGGAUAGAGCGUGAGAAAGAGGAGCUCAUGGACAGGCUGAGACAGAUUGAAGAGCAGACGAUGAGAGCUCAGAAAGAGCUGGAGGAACAGACUCGCAAAGCCAUGGAGCUGGAGCAGGAGAGAAAGCGGGCGAGAGAGGAAGCCGAGAGGUUGGAGAGAGACAGGCUAGCGGCCGAGGAGGCGAAGGCAGAACUGGCCAGACAGGCUGCAGACCAGCAGAAGACCCAGGAGCAACUGGCUUCAGAACUGGCUGAAUUCACAGCUAAGAUCGUUCUGCUGGAAGAAGCCAAAAAAAAGAAAGAUGAUGAAGCCUCACAAUGGCAACACAAGGCUCUGUCAGCUCAGGAGGACCUGGAGAAGACCAAGGAGGAGCUGAAGACAGCCAUGACGGUGGUGCCAGCUCCUCCGGGAGGCAACGGUGAGAACGAGCAUGACGAGCAGGAUGAGAACCAUGCAGAGGACAGCGCAGAGCUCUCCAACGAGGGAGUCAGUCAGCUCGACCUGCGCAGUGAAGAGGCGCGCGUCACUGAGGCCCAGAAGAACGAGAGGGUCAAGAAGCAGCUGCAGACAUUAAGUUCAGAGUUGGCCCAGGCGAGAGACGAAACCAAGAAGACGCAGAACGACGUGCUGCACGCCGAGAACGUGAAAGCGGGCCGAGACAAAUACAAAACCCUCCGCCAGAUCCGACAGGGCAACACGAAGCAACGCAUCGACGAGUUUGAGUCCAUGUGAGAGCAGCACCUUUUCCUCAUCUGCUCCCGAACUCUCCCGUCAGCGGAUGCUCAGUUUUCAUGGACAACAGAUGCUCGCCCCGGCAAUCCUGACAAGUCAAAAAACUGCCAAAGUCGGCAUUUCCACUCCGACAUUAACGGAGCUGCCUACGCCACUCUGAUCAACGUCUCCUAUAAUCCUGAAAAGAAACUGCUAAACCAAAAGUGAAGCAUUUUUAUUUUGAGCUAACAUGGCCAUAGAAAGCUACAUUUGUGUUAUUUUUUUUUUUUUGUUUGUAAUGCUUGAUGACUUGUAUGCAAAGGUUACGUAUGUCCUCUCUUUUUGUUUUUAAGAUGUCUUUGCUGCUUUUUCUUUGACUCGUUUUACUGAUGGCACCCUUCUUUUAAGUUGUCUGUCCAACAUUUGAAUACAGACUGGAGUUUCUUUUGGGGGGGAGAGUAGGUCAAUAUUUUCAUUUAGUGUCAAAGCUAUGUUACAUUAUAACAAAAUAUUACAAGCUAAUUAUGCUAUUUAUAUCCCUGUCUGUGAGCUGAGGUCAUUUCAAUGUAUUGGAUUCAUUUAAACAAUAACUACAGGUUAUAAUAAUAAACUCACUGCAGUAUUUCAACA